AUGAUAUCAUUGACGGAAAAGUUGAACAGGAAAGGUCCUACGAGAGCUUCUUGUCUUACUCUACUUUCCACUUCAAACGAUGAAGCAAAUCCACAGUCAACGAAAGCCAACUUGUUCAUCGCGGAUGGCGUCUUUGAUGAUUUGAUGUUUGAUAAGGCGAUCCAGGAUGAUCCGCUCUACGACCUUGUACACUGCACGCAGCAAGAAUAG